GAAGAUCACUUCAACAUAAAAACCUUCUUGAUUCACCUAUUGUCUUCUCAAGCAAUGGCAUUCCAUCGCCAUCAUUCCCUUUUUCUCUUCUUGCUCAUCGCUCUGUCAUCCAUAACUAACCAUGCAGAGGCACGUCGUCUCUUGGAGUCGCCUGUGCCUGAGGUUCCCAAGCCCGAAAUCCCAUCUAUACCGAAGCCAGAGCUACCUCCACUACCCAAGCCUGAGCUGCCAUCGUUGCCUAAGCCCGAGAUUCCAACACUGCCAAAGCCAGAGGUACCUGUGUUGCCAAAGCCCGAACUUCCAACACUACCAAAACCUGAGAUCCCGACUCUACCAAAGCCCGAGGUUCCAACACUACCAAAAUUUGAGAUCCCGACUUUGCCUAAGCCUGAGCUUCCACCACUACCAACAUUGCCUAAGGCAACACUAGAAAAGGCUGAAUCACCAAAGCCUACUCUACCUGAGAUACCAAAGCCUCAAAUGCCAGAAUUGCCCAAACCUGCGGUGCCAGAGCUACCAAAGCUCCCUGAAUUACCAAAACCUGAGGUUCCGACUGUCCCUAAGCCUCAAAUACCAGAAUUGCCAAAACCAACGGUGCCAGAGCUACCAAAGCUCCCUGAAUUACCAAAACCUGAGGUCCCGACUGUCCCUAAGCCCGAGGUACCAACCGUGCCAAAACCUCAACUGCCAGAGCUACCAAAGCUCCCAGAAUUGCCCAAACCUGAGCUUCCAGCUGUCCCUAAGCCCGAGCUUCCAACAUUGCUAAAAACUGAGGUCCCAACUUUGCCUAAGCCUGAGUUGCCAAAGUUGCCUGAACUUCCCAAGAUUCCGGAACUGCCUAAACCAUCUUUGCCCGAAGGACCCAAAUCCCGUUGAUUUGCAUCGACAUAGGAACAUGACACCGGGAUUAAUCAAGUUUCAGAGAUUGACC